AUGGUGGUAGCCGUCGGGGCGCUGCGCUUGAAAGCGCUCUCCAAAGGACUAAGAAAGCGGGCCAAGCAUGCAACGAAGUGGCACCGGUCUGGCACUGGCACCGACUGGCGCGACUGGCAUGGUGCUAUGCUGUGGCAACUUCUCCUAGUUGGGGCCGCGGCCACUGCGCCCACAGUUCAGGUUCACUUGCUGUCCACAGAGACCACACAGGGACUCCUGAGGGGCAGUGCCGAUACAGUUCGCGCCCUCCAAGCCGAGAAGGAUGCGUUGCAUCUUGGACAAGUGGCCCUUUCCGAGGAAACGGGUCGCCAGGAGGAGCGGAGCUCCGUGGCCCCGGCCCCGGCCCCGGCCAUGGCUCCGUCCCCAAUGGCAGCCACGUUGGGGCCACGUGGGCCGAGAGGGCGAAAGGGACCAACAGGAGAUCCGGGCGAUCCAGGCCCCCCAGGCCCUCAAGGACCUCCGGGUCCCACGGUGGUCAUGGGCUAUGGCGGCUUCGGAGGCGGCUUCGGCAUGAACCCCUACAUGAUGCCGAUGAUGAACCCGUACAUGAUGCCCCCGCUGGGUGCCGGCAUUCCGGGUAUGCCUGGUGGCACAGCUGGUGUCCCCAGCACUGCGCCACCGAACGUGGCCAUGCCAAACAUGACAGCUGUGAUGGAGAUUCAGAAUCUUGGUGUGCGUCGUGUUUCCCCCCAAGAAAAUGCAUGA